CUUGCAGGACUCCCGCGCGACCCCCGAUCAUUCCCGGGACCAUGUUUCGGAAUUCGGAUCUAAACCAGGGCCCAAUAUCUGUACUGAAGCAAGGGGAGAAUAGUGGUACUACUAUGCAUGGUGGGUAGCCAUGAGGUACAAGGUUCUCUAAACAUGGGCUCCCAUAUCCGAGGAAGAGUCCACUGAACCGGGCCUGGAUCCUCUUCCAUAUCAGCUCAACUUAACCCGGUUGAGUCCCGACUGUACCCCGAAUCCUACGACACCUCAGCCCCCUUUCGGAGGACCCGGGUAAUUUGGAAUCUAUAAUGUUAAUGAAGCGGGCUUUCUACUACGGAGAUUUACUUUGUUUUAAUGUUUCUUUUGCUAUGUGCCUUUCCAUCCUUUAUACGAUAGGGCUGCCCAGACAUAUCCAAGAAUAACGGUCAACAUUUGAUGACACCAAUUUAAAUACUAUUGGCAAAACUGUUUCUCCUACUUUGAUCAUUUGGGCUUCCAAAAUGUCUGAAAAAGCGCCAACAGUUGCGGUCCUUGGUCUCGGUAUGUAAAGGUUCUAUACUGGUAGCUUGCUGCUUCUCCACUGAAUUGGUUAUGGAUAAUGAACGAUAUGCAGGUAGCUGACUUGGCACCAAUCUAGGGGCUCUCGGCCUUGUGUCGAUGAAGAACUUGCUUGAGGAAGGGUUCAAUGUGACCGGAUUCGAUCGAAAUUCAUACGUUGGUGGUCUGUGGCAUUACAAUGAGGAGAAUAAGAACAUCUCUGUGUUACCAACCACGGUAACAAACGGAUCCAAACAUCGUGGAUCAUUCACCGAUUUCCCCUUUCCUGAUGAUACGCCCGAUUUCCCGACAGCAAGCCAUAUGGCGAAAUACCUUGCCUCGUACGCUGAGCAUUUCCAGGUCAUGCCACAUGUGCGCCUUAGCACAAACAUCCACCGUGCAAGCUGGAAUGAGAUGAAGCACAAGUGGGAAAUUGAAAUAUCUCCAGUUGGAAACGAAGACCAGAAGUCUGUUCAGGAAUUUGACAAAGUAAUCCAUGCGUUGGGCCCGGAUCAAGUACCCAAUAUCCCGAAGGUAGCGGGAAUCGAGAAAUUCAAAGGAGACGUGCAACAUUCCGUCACUUUCAAGAGUGCAGAUGAAUAUUCAGGCAAACGAGUGUUGGUUGUUGGCUUUGGAAACACUGCAGCUGAUGUUACGGGCCUUCUGGCGGAUGUAGCGGAAAAAGUGUAUGUAUCGCACCGUCACGGUGCGAUAGUGCUGCCACGAUGGGUUGAUGGUAAGCCGGUCGACCACGUUCGCACCUAUCGCAAAGGAUGGAUUUUGGGUAUGAUGUCCCGCUACACCCCAGGCCUGUGGAAAAAGGUGAUGGACAGCGUUAUUGUCGGACUUCGCAAUCGACUAUACGACCUGAAGCCGGAAUGGCAGCUGGAUCCUGCCCCAUCGUUCAGCCAGCAAAGACCGAUUAUCAGUGAUAAUCUGAUUGAAAACCUAUCCAGUGGCCGGGUUAUUUCUCUUCCACCUAUCCGUCAGGUCUGCGACGACACAACUAUUGAGAUGACCGACGGCACUGUAAUUGAGGUGGACUCCAUCGUCUGGUGUACUGGAUACACCGUUGACUAUUCAAUGCUUGGGAAGAGUGAUCCAACCAUCUACGACCAGAAGGACGCCUGUGAGAUGUCGAAUGGCCGGAAGAUGCCUCGUCUUUACCAGAAUGUCAUCUCGCUCCAGCAUCCCGAAUCACUCGCUUUCAUGGGCAACUUGUCAUUCAUGAACCCGGCAUUCUUGAUGUUCGACCUUGCGAGCAUGGCUGUUGCACAACUCUGGAAGGGAACUUCUCGGCUCCCAUCCAAGGCAGACAUGAACCGCCAGGUGGACGAGCAGUUCAAGUGGAUUGCCAGUCUCUCCAAUAAUUCGCGAGUGACCCCGGGCCUGACUAAAGGAGUUGACUGGCUGGAAUGGGUGGACGAAGCGGCCGGUCUCGGUAUGGGAGCGAAUCUGGGAUAUGGCUGGCAGGGCUGGACUUUCUGGCUCAUGGAUCGGGAACUGUGCAAUAUGGUCAUGGACGGGCUUUUGCUGCCUUUCCACUACCGACUGUUCAACGCGGGCAAGCGGAAACCAUGGGCCGGUGCUCGGGAGAACAUAACCAAGAUGAACAAGGAGCUUCGGGCUAAGAAUUGGUACCCAUAGCGUGAGGCUGAAGCUAACUCUCCAUGGCUAAGUUUAUUUGAUGCGAGGGUGAGCUAGAUAGUUAUGGUCUAGAUUUCUUUUCACUUCUGCCCUAUAUUUUGUGUAUAUAUUAGUUGCCAUCAUCUCUGCCAAUGACAUCUCGAUCCAGUUACCAAUUUUAACUCUCUGCUCUAGAAUUAUAUACGUCAAUAGAGUAAUUCUGCCGUCAAUUGGUAGCUCGCCUCUUAUUGUCCAGGGCUUAAGCCGAGUAUGAUCCUUUGCCAUAGCCUUAUACAUAUUUUAUAAACAUGAAUAACUAA